CACGUGCUGUACCUUCUACUUCUUCUUCACGCCGACUCCUCUGUUUCAGCUGCGCAGUUUCUCCCCGCCUCUCUCUCCCGUUCUGUGCUGCCACCACCGUCGCGGACACGCCGCUGCAGCCCCUAGCAAGUUUGCGCCGACUUCUCACUCUCUCGUUGUUACUGCUUGUAGGAGUUAUUUUGGUCGACCGAACGGCCUCAACUUAUUUAUAUUUGUGAAGUAGCUUCAGCCCCUACAAUGGUGGCGAAGAGCCAGGAAAACCGUCAACCCAAAAACAGGAGGCAAAUUUCAGGCAACAAGAGUUCCUCGCAUGGUUCCGCUUCGAAGAAACCGAAGUUCGUAAAUGACAAGCCCUCGAAGUCCCAUGGCCUGGGAACUGUUGGUAAACCCUUCAAAUCGAAGGUUGAAAAAUCAGAAGCUAAAAAGGAGCCAAUUACGAAGCGAGAACAUCGCCUCCAAGCUAAGGAACUUGCAGAGGCUAGGAAGAAGAAAAGGAAACGACAUUAUGAUUUGGAACAUGAGCUCGCACAUCUAUGGGAGAAAAUGAGGGUUCGAAAUAUCACCAAAGAAGAUAGAUCCAAAUGGGUAAGUAAAGCAUUAGAAAACAUGAAGGGGAAGAUCCCUGAAAUUGCAGGUUCCCAUGUGUCGUCUCGUGUGCUUCAGACUUGUGUUAAACACUGCACAGAUGCCGAGAGAGAGGCAGUGUUUGAGGAACUUAAGCCUCAUUUUCUCACUCUUGCUUGCAACACUUACGCAGUUCAUCUAGUGAAGAAAAUGUUAGAUAAUGCCUCGAAAAAGCAGCUGGCUGGGUUUAUCUCCUCUCUACAUGGCCAUGUAGCUUCUCUUCUUCGUCACAUGGUUGGAUCUUUAGUUGUUGAACAUGCAUACCAUUUAGCGAAUGCAGCUCAGAAACAAACACUUCUAUUGGAACUUUAUUCGGUGGAACUCCAGCUAUUUAAGGAUCUCGUCUCGAUGAAAGAAAGCAGGCUAGUGGAUGUAAUUUCAAAAUUGGACAUUAAAAAAGCUUCGGUCUCGCGACACAUGACAUCAGUAAUUCAACCUAUUUUGGAAAAGGGGAUAGUUGACCACUCUAUUAUACAUAGGGUUCUGAUGGAAUACUUUACCAUUGCUGAUAAGACAUCUGCCGCAGAUGUAAUCCAACAUUUGUCCAGUUCACUUCUUGUUCGAAUGAUUCACACUAAAGAUGGAUCAAGGAUCGGUGUACUUUGCAUAAAACAUGGGAGUGCAAAGGAAAGAAAGAAAAUCGUCAAGGGAAUGAAAGGCCAUGUGAAGAAGAUAGCACACGAACAAUAUGCGGUUAUGGUUCUUGUGUCCAUUAUCUCGGUUGUCGAUGAUACAAAGCUGAUUAGGAAGAUUAUUAUUAACGAGCUCGAGAAAGAUUUGAAGGAGCUUAUUUUGGAUAAGAAUGGAAGACGUGUAGUACUGCAACUACUGCGUCCCAAUUGUUCGCGCUACUUCAGUCCCGAUGAUCUUGCUUCUUUAAAUUUAUCAAUACCUUCUCUUUGCAACAAGUCCGAGUCAGGAGUCGAUAGAGCAGAAGAGAAGGCUGAUAGUGACAUGGGCGAAACGGAAGGUGAGGAGGUUGAUGGAGGUGAGGUUUCUGCCGAGGGCUCUGAAGCUGUAGAGGGUGGUAAAAAAGAUCCUCUUAUCCGAAGACAUGAGUUGUUGGUGGAUAGCGGGCUUGCCGAGAAGCUUGUUGAUGUAUGCGUCAACAAUGCUGGGGAAAUACUAAGGUCAAAUUUCGGCCGAGAAGUAAUGUACGAGGUUACGACGGGGGGUGCCGAUGACGUUCUUCAAUCGAAAUUGGGAGAAAAGCUGAGUGGUUUGUAUGAAGCUAUAGCUUCACUUGCAGCAGAGCCUAAAUCUGAAGACGCAGCCGCAGGCGAUGAGCAUGUCCUUGAAAAUUUCCACUCUAGUAGGACAAUAAGAAAGCUUAUCUUGGACUGCCCUGCCUUUGCCCUCACUUUGUGGACCACAGCACUUGAAGGGAAAUCCAAAUUGUGGGCUCAAGGUCACAGUUGUAAGAUUGUCCAAGCUUUCCUGGAAUCCACGGACUCAAAGGUACGUGAAAUUUCAAGAGUAGAGUUACAGUCCUUGAUUGACGAAGGGUUACUCAAAAUCCCAGACACCAAGCAGUCUGCCGACAAAAGCUGAAUACCCAAUUUUGUGGAUGAAAGGAAACUGCGCAUCCUUGAGGUACUGUACUCUUAAACUACGGCAUAUCUGUUGACUUGCUUCUUUUUUCAUUUUUUUCUUCUCUUUUCUGUCUGGUCGUCGGGUCUAAGUUUUGAGGUAUAGAAAUUUACCAUGCAAGUAGACCCUGUUCUCUUAAAAACGAUUAUAUAUUUAAAGUUAUUAGCCUGAUUAAACGUUUUGCCUUAUGGCUUCAA